UGUAAGAACUAUUUCAUACUAAUGGCUGCGGUGAGAACUACUGGCUAUGAUGGGAAGACUCUACGUCUUGGAUUGCAGAAAAUGGGGUCGCGUGUGUAUUGAUUAACUAGGUAGAUGUAGCCUUAAAUCCACUGCAAUGCGGAAAGAAAAGGUGCAGUGUGUAGAAUUCAGCAGAACGGACUUGGCAGAAAUGGAAUAUAAUAUUCGCCCAGUUAGGAGUGUAUAAUAACACGGCAGAUGGAUCCUUCAAACAAAUCCAUUAGCGAAUACACAGGAAAGCCUGUAAGAACAGAAGAGAACAUGCAGAAGCAUCAGGCAUCAGGAGAAAUUUCCCUAGCAAUGAAAGACGAACUGGCACUGGGGAAUGGGGCAGGCAGUGAGCAGCAGGUUCAGGCCAUUAAUCCUGCUGUACAACCAACAACAAUUAAUGUAGAGUUGGAGAAAACAAAACCACCAGACCUUACUAAGGGUUUGGAAGAUUGCCCGAGAUCCCAGAAGAGUUCAACUUGUGGGGUUCUGGAAAAUACACUUAGACAAGGUGGAACUCUAGAUGCAACUUGCUCAGAUUUGGUGGGAGACUUCAACAUGGCACAAGAGCUUGGUGAGAGUAUAGUCAAAGACAGGCCACCAGAGCUAGCACCCUUCGUUAAUCCCAGUGAAGUCCAGGAGGGCCAUGUCAUUCUGCUGAGCAGCAGCAAAGCUACCAAUUCAAUCGGGGAAAACAAACCAAGCAAGGACAACUUCCAAUUUCAAAAAACUGCUUUAAGUGGUAUGGAUACAUAUGAUGCUGACAAGGAUCUAGAUACAAGUGCAGUCCUGAAAAAUGCUGAGGUCAGUAAAGUGGGGCUGCAGAGUUUACCUAAAGGCAAGGAAGGUCAAGACCAAAAUGAUCCGACUAAGUUACUCCCAUCAGAACAUGGUUAUUCCCCUGCAGAGCAGUGGAAGGAGCAGAGGCCAAGCAGCCCAGUUAGUGCAGAAAUGAGACCUUCACCAAUCCAGCCAAAAAGGGUAACUCCAACGGACACUGAAAGCAUACAAACAACUGACGCCCAGCAAUUAGUGAUGGCUAUGAAACGGCAAACCAAUCAACUAAAAACAUACCCGCCUUCAAAAAAGCAAAGAAUACAGGCUGCACAAGAUGGGAGACCAGUUCAUGUAUACAGCAACACGCAAAAGAAACAACUGCUUUUUCUCAACCAAGGCCUGAAACCUCCUGAGAUGUCAAACCCUUCUCUGGUCAGCAAAACCUUACCACAUGCUGCUGGUCCAGACAGAUUCAGGAGUCAAUGUCUGGAAUUGCAGCCUGGAAUUUCAAGAUCUGUUCAGUCUCAUAUUGUGCCCAGACUACAGAAUCCACAAACGGCAGCAUCAAAAUCCAUCAGUCCCCAAUUGGAGUGCUCAGAAGCAGAAGAACGAGGGGAAAAGGGGAAAAUGAAAAAGUCCGAAAAAAUUUUGCAAAGACAGAGGAGCAAGAGUGGUAGAAGUCUCCCCUUAGAAGAGCCUCCUUUGUUUAUUCCUGAUAAUGCCCCAACAGUGAAGCAAGAGGAAGACUCCAUUGACAGUGAGACUGUAUGGGAUCCUACCAAGCAUUGCAUUUUCUGCAAAAAGCCUCAUAACUCCAGGUUCAUGGUUGGCUGUGGUCGUUGUGACGACUGGUUUCAUGGGGAGUGCGUAGGUCUUGACCUGGCCAAGGCCCAGAAGAUGGAGCAGGAGGACCAGGAGUAUGUUUGCCUCAAGUGUUGUGCUGAGGAGGACAGGAAGUCCACUGCCCUGAGGCAGCUUCGCACAGACCCAUCUAAGCUUGAGCACAACCUGGAGAGUGACCCUUUGGCGAAACAAGAGAAGCAGAGGCAGGCAAAGCCACCCGUAACAGGAGUCAGAAGGGAUUCGGUGGAAAUGAGGCAGCAGUCAACCAAAAAAUCAGAGACCAGGAGGCUGUAUGAUUCAGAUUGUAGAAGUGGUCACACAGUGAAAACACAAAAGACCUCAGGGGACAUGCCACUGAAAACUGGUAUGCAUCAGAGGGUGGAAAUGAAGACAGCAAAAGGAGCAAAGUGUCUGUCAUCCUUGCCUGCAGCAUUGAAAAGACCUUCAGUGGAGCAAAUCAGGAGGAAUGUACGUGAUUCUCUGAAGGACAUUCUCCUCAAAAGGCUAAAUGAGUCUGAUUUAAAGGUUUCAACAGAGCGGGCUGGAAAAGUGGCUGUGAAAACGGAGAAGGAACUUUUUUCUUUUUUCCGGGAUACUGACAGCAAAUACAAGAGCAAGUAUAGAAGUUUAAUGUUCAACCUUAAGGAUGCCAAAAACAAUGUGUUAUUCAAGCGUGUACUCAAAGGUGAAAUUUCUCCAGAAAAUUUAAUUCAUAUGAGUCCUGAAGAACUAGCCUCAAAAGAGCUGGCUGCUUGGCGAAAAAGAGAAAAUCGGCAUACAAUUGAAAUGAUAGAAAAAGAACAACGAGAGGUUGAAAGGCGUCCCAUCACAAAAAUCACCCACAAAGGAGAAAUUGAGAUUGAGAACCAGGAGCCUGUUAAAGAGCCUGAAGCUGUGGAAUUGGAGGUGGACCCUGUGCCCAGACCAGUGGAAGAGCCUGCAGCAGUCCCACAAGAAAUGGAAUUUGAGAGCCUUAAAGACACGACCAGCCAGCACAAGGAUCACCUUUUUGACCUUGAUUGCAAGAUAUGCACAGGACGAAUGGCUCCUCCUGUCGAGGAUGCAGCCACCAAAGUUAUGAAGGUGGCUACCACAGUGAUGUGGAGGCAGGCUGGCUCUGAUGGAGAGACUCCAACCAUGUCUGACCACCCAGAUGGGCAAUCCCACAGUGAAGUGGUGGAAAAUGUGGUCAAUACCAGGGCCAUCUCAUCUGAAGGAAGGUCAGAUAAUGCAAAUGAAGGAGAGGAUGAGGCCAUGUUCCUUGCACGUCUGCAGUCCAUGUGGAAGGGCUUUAUCAAUAUGCCAUCCGUGGCAAAAUUUGUCACAAAAGCAUAUCCAGUAUCAGGUAUUCUUGACCACCUAACUGAGGACCUGCCUGACAGCAUCCAGGUUGGAGGGAGGAUUUCCCCUCAUACUGUAUGGGACUAUGUGGAAAAGAUUCGAGCCUCAGGAACAAAAGAGGUCUGUUUGAUUCGUUUCAGUCCUGUGACAGAAGAGGAUGAGAUUUCAUAUACACUGCUGUAUGCCUAUUUCAGUAGCAGGAAACGCUAUGGAGUUGUAGCCAAUAACAUGAAGCAGGUGAAAGACAUGUAUCUCAUUCCCUUGGGGUCCUCUGAAAAAAUCCCACACCAUCUUGUCCCCUUCGAUGGACCUGGUUUGGAAGCCAAACGUCCAAGCCUCCUCUUGGGAUUAAUCAUUCGACAGAGGGUGAAAAGAGAUUUUGAAGCUGUUUUACCUGUGGAUAUCCCUGAAACUAUUACUGCCAGAUCCUUACCUGAGAAAAAAACAAAGUCAUAUUUUGCCAAUGACGAUGGAAGUGCUCGCAGUGAGGACAUGGAUUUUUUCAGUUCACUGAAAAUAGUUCGUCCAAAGCAAGUGACUAAAGUAGAACAGUCUGCUCAAGUUGACGUGGCAGCACAGCCCAUCUUGAAGACCACCUUGGCUCCAGAGGCCAGUCUACCUGAUCUUUCUAGACCAUUGCGGUUUCUUCCAGGUGUGCUGUCUUCGCCUACACUCAGGUCAGUUGAUGAUCUUCAGCAGAGCUUGCCAUGUAUUACAGAGAAGGAUGCAGGCAAACGGGUCACAGCAGGUGAUGGCAUAGAUAUAGGGAGUACACCCAGCAAAAACCUUGGUUCGGGUGGUAACAGACUGGAACGUUUUGUUGUGAAGAAGAAGGACCCAAAAACAUUUCAGAUGGAGUCAGCAACAACAUCCAAUCCAAACAAUAAGCCAAAAAUGAACAUCCUGUCCGAGAAAGAAACUGCUGAUUUAGCAUUUUAUCCGAGGGAAAAUCCACAAGAUUGUUCCACAGAGGCUGUCCUCGCUGGUCUAUCGGUGGUAGGGAAAAGGCUGGAAAACUCAGUCUUACAAAGGAUGGAAGGUGCAAUCUAUGAACAGCCUAAAUCAAAACCUGAUCAGCAUCCUGGUUUUAUUGCUGUAUCUAACAGGCCUGAAGAGGUUCUCUCUGCCUGUUCAAAAUCUUCAGAAAGCCAUUGUCCAUCCAGUGGAGUGCCAGCAUGUCAACGGCAUUCAGUUCAACCAGAGUUGCUUUAUGGAGAAUUUGAUAUCCUGGGAACUUCCACUGCACGUUCAUUCCAUGACAAAACAGACCAUAACACAUCCCAUCCUGGUUUAUUCCCACCCCCCUCAGCCACUGCAUUUCCUCAAGGGGGGCAUGAACCACCCCAGGGCACCAAUCCCCUAGGGCACAUCAGAGCCCCUGAACUCCAGUACCAGGCGGAAGCACCCCCAGUUUUCCCUUUGCAAAGCAAUAAACUGCCUGUCUUCCAGCCACAGAUCCCACCCAGUGUGCAGUAUCCCAGUACUUUGCCACCCAUGUUCUCACAGCCAGAGUCCCAAGGUCAGAAUUGUACCAUGAUCAGGCCCUCACCUUCCCCUCAUUCAAUCAGGUUCUCAUCCUCUCAGCUGGUUCCUCCUGAGUCCAGGUUUUUGGGAAAUUCUCAGAGAUCCUCCAUACAACCUCAGAUAAUAGAGACUCAGGGACCAGAGGGACAUUACAGUGAUUCCUGGGAGUCUCAGCACAGCCAUUCUGAGGAUGGUUACAAGCAGGUGGGCAGCACUCAUCAUGGAAGCAACAGGUUCCACAGUGAUUCACAUCAUGAAUAGAAAAAUCUGUAAAGGUAGAGGCCUCCUGGACCAGGUUUAAGGCUGAGUGCCUGAAGCACUGGGACCAACACACAGUGGACAUGGGAAAGCAGCCACAACACAAAGACAUCACCCAACACAAGAAGAGGGACGAGUACUGUAAAAGGGAGGAAAGCAGGCGAUUUAAAUUUUCAGAUGAACUAAUGGUCAGUGGGAUGACUGUUGGCAAAUAUUCAUGAUUAGUAUUUUUCCUUAUUCUGCUCUUCCAUCUUCCUUCUGAAUAUUCCGCUGUGUAUUGUCCAAUGAAACCAGUGACAUUUCAAUAAAUCUUCUUUGGCUGAUGCAAAAAAGAAACAAAAAAAAAAAAAAACUGAAGAGAGAUGUUAGAACCUUUCAAUUGUUUGCAUUUGUAGUAAUUUUAUGAUAG